UUGUGAAUAGAAACUGUAAUUCCCGAUAAACUCAUUAUUAAUCGGCAUUUUGCUUGGAUUUCUUGUCCACACGCGCUGGAAUGACAACACUUCUAUACUGACUACAAGGAUUGGAACUCAUUAUAUCCAAGUGAAGUAAACAUGUCUGAAUCAUGUAGGAAAACGAAGAAAACAGUGUCAAAAUGACACAGCUACCGACUCUGUGCAUGGUCAAUUAUGACCAGGAAGAACCACCGGGUUUUCGAUACCGCUUGCCCCCAGAUCUCGGGCGACGACGUCGGGGCAAUCCGGACUCCUCGCCAAGACACGCCUUCUCUCUCCCGAACUCGCCGAGAAGUGCCCGGGUUCGAAGUGCCCACGGCCGGGGGCACUCGUCAGCAUUUCCCGCUGCUCAGAGACAAAGUUUAUUAACCUCAAAAGAUGACUCUUACACAACUCAGACAAAAAACAGCUCCAACUUGCCGAACACCCUCCGAGAGAGACGUCGAUCACAGAGCCAGGACGCCCUCCCCCUCAUCUCCCCGGAAGCAUUCAACUCACGGACGCCCAACAACAGCACGGUGGAUCCCCUGAGCAGGGAGUCUCGGAUGGUGAAAGUGAACCCCUCCUAUACUCAGCUACCCCCUCUAAAGACGAUGGGAGAGACCAGUCUAACGGCUAAUGCCGAGUUGCUCGACGGUCCCAUAUGGAAUGAGUAUCUUCAGGCAUGGGUCUCGCGAUCACAGGGUACAGCCUUUGCCUACAUCAGUUUUGCAGGUGCCUUUUCACUCACCGACAGAGGAAUAUAUGAUAUACGGCCUGAAUUUGAAGAUGCCCCUGUGGGCCCCUGCCCCCGUUUCUUUGCCCACAUGCACCGGGUGCCGCCACCCAAGAGCGAGACCAAGGAGGCACGCAAGCGGGUUAACAAGAAGCCAGAGUUCUGGACGUGGAAAGGCCGGACUCCAAUAUCGGUCCCAAAACCAAGGCCAAAAAGAAAAGUGUUUCCUAUUCACCUUUCACCUUGUCCUUCUCACACCCUACCAACCCCGCCCUCCCGACCUACCCCACCAACAGUGACCCCUGACCCACUGAAGAAUGUGUCACCAGUUGACCCUUCACCCCAGGAAGUGGACAGCGAUGAUUUUCCCGUCCCUCCAGUCAAAUUUUUGGAGAAGGUGCCCAGUAUUGAUGAAUACGACAGCAGCGACUAUGGCUCUCUUUCCUCCGGACCAAGUACCCACGUGAGAACAGAGUCUCAAUCGCAGCAUUCUGCAAAUUCUGCAGAUCAGAGUGCCCAUGCACCCGUAGUGAUGAUGUCUCCCCCGUCCUCACAUAGCAAUGGAGACAUCCAGAUCCUUGAUAACACGGGAGAGCCUUCCGCGGUGUCUCCACCGCCCACAGUUAACUGUCUUUGUUCUGUGGAAGCAUGUACAUGCAAAAAGCGUGUUAAAACCCCCCUGGAACUUCUGCGACUUUCCAGCCAGCCGCACACCCCCACCACCGUGGCCUGGGAUGAAGUCUUCAGUAUGGCCGGCGGGGAUGGCCAAUUUGAGGAAGACGAGGAUGGUAAUGUCGUGAUUCCUGACGCCUUUGAUUCAGCCGAUCUUGUCCCUCUUCACUUUGCCGUUGAUUAUAUCGAGGUCCUUCAACCGGAAGUAUAUGGUGAAGCUGUGGAGACGAACGCCGGUGAACUUGCUAACGUCGGUGUAAUAAGUGGACUCCAGUUCAACGUUGAUAAGCCACUGAAGAUCGAGAGACCGUGGAUACCCAAGAUUCUUGGACUGGAUAGGAUCAAGGUUCACAGCCCCCCUCCUGAUCCUAUUCCAACCCCCAAAGUGCCCACUCCGCCCCCUCCUAAAGAACCAACUCCGACGCCACCACCCCCGACUCCUCCUCCACCGAAGUCGCCGACCCCGCCCCCCAAAGAGCCAACUCCCCCACCUUCCCCUCCGAAGCCGAAACCAAAGCGUAAACCGGUCGUCAAGAAGACCAAGCCAGCCCCUCCGCCCCCUCCUCCACCACCAAAAACCCCCACCCCUCAACCCCCUACUCCCAAACCACCAACGCCAAAGGAACCAACACCUCAACCCCCCACACCUACCCCACCACCCCCAAAAGAGCCCACCCCUCCCCCACCAACACCACCGAAAGUGACUGUCGAGCCGCCAACGUUGCCACCUGUGAUCUAUCGAGAUCCAACACCUCUUCCUCCAAUUACUCCUUUUACGGUUCCAAAAUUGCCUACACCAGAACAAACACCCGAACCACCACCACCUGCUUCUCCAACACCCACCCCUGCCACGCCCACUCCAGUACCCCCUACGCCCUCACCAGAGCCUACCAGGAAGCCCCUUCCACCGGCUGAGAAGGACCCAGCGUUCCUGGCCGAGAUGGAGAGACAGCGUCUGGCUGAGGUGCGGAGGAUGAAAGCGAUGGCGGCCUUCGAGAGUCUGAAGAAUAAGAAGUUUGUGGUCAAGACUAAGCCCAUCCCUGAGGACUUGAAUUUCAAAGAGUAUGGCUGGCUGGCCCAGUUUUGUAUAUUAAAAGAAGAGAAGAUCAGGAUGUACAGGAUGGCAUUUGAUACGGUUGAUGAAGAUGAAGAUGGAUUCUUAAAUCCGUUUGAGACACUGAUGGCGUUGAAAGGCAUCACUGGGUCUUCCAAUCUCUCUGAAAAAGAAGAGGCUUACAUUUUACGGGUUCUUGAUUUAGCAGAUUAUAAUAUGUCACAUGGCACAGAUUUCAAACUGUUCUCCCUUAUGGCUGCUCUAUAUCAAAGGAUAUCAUCAAUCGACAAAUUUGUCAAAAAUGUGAUUGAAAAGAUGGAUCUUCAAACAUUGGACUGGAAAAUAUUUCGUGCAAAGGAGCUGUUUAAUUGGUGCCUAGAUGAGAAGACAAGACAUUUUAAGAUGGACCGGUUGUUGAUCGAACUAAGAGCAGGUGGAGUUAGUCUGGAACAUCAGCAAGAGUGUGAGGACAUCCUAGGUCCUAAGGGUCCUAUGGACAUGCUAGACUUUCUCACAUAUCUGCCCCUCUUUAUUCUCAUGCAUGACUCGGUUGUUGACAAUCCUCUUGACAUGACCAUGGAUAAGUGAUGAGGGGGCCGUAACAGAUUAAUGAGACACUUAUUGUUUCAUCUUAAGGAGAAGUCUGAAAUGUCUGAGACUCCAAUUGUUUCAUCUUAAGGAGAAGCCUGAAAUGUCUGAGACACCAAUUGUUUCAUCAGAAGAACUCUGAGAUCUCUGAGACACUGAUUGUUUCAUCUUCAGGAGAUGUCUGAGACACUGAUUGUUUGGUCUUCAGGAGUAGUCUAAAAUGUCUGAGGCACCGAUAGUUUCAUCUUCAGGAGAUGUCUGA